AUGGAUCUGGAAGCGUUUGAGAGAUAUCUUUGGGGUCGAGUUGGAUUCGAGAAGCUGAUCAAAUCGGUGCAAGUUGUUGAUUUGGCUGGAGACUCUUAUGUUGUGCAUGGAUGUGUGCAUGUCUUGCUCAUAUGGGCAUAUGAGUUAGUGACUGUCUUGGGAGAAUUGUUUGGGAGAAGAAUAGAAGGGAUUGAAGUUCCUCUUCUUCGUUGGGGUUGUGGCCGGCAGCAUUUUGUUCGAGUGAAACAUUUCUUGAUGAAGCCUGAUUCUAUUGAGGACAUAUAUCUUGUGUGGCCUGAUGAAGCUGUGAAAUGUGAUAAGAAGCUUCACAACAUGAUCGAAGAUAUCUAUGAUGGGUGUUUGGAUGAAUCACAAUGGGAAGAAGAUGUGGCGGUUGUGAAGAGUAAAAAGAAGAAAGAGGUGUUUGAGGAAAGCGCAGAUGUUGUGACAAAGACAUCAAUGAAGAAAAGCCAAACAUCUAAAAUUCAGGAAGAAAAGAAGAGAAAGAAGAGGGAGAACAAAUCAGAGGAGAAAAGUGACAAGGUGAAGAAGAAGCAGCAGAAGAAGACGGUUCCUGAGAAUGAGAUGGAUGAGGAGAGUGAGAAGGAAAGAGAAGAUGUUGAUAUGAGCAUCAGGUUGAAAGACAUUCCAAAGAAGAAAAAAAGUGAAGAUAGUGAAGUGAUGAAGAUGCUUCGGUUAAUGAACGAAAAAAUUGACAGCAAGUUUGAUUCAUUUGGUCGUAAAGUUGAAGACAGAUUUGAAGCCAUGGAGAAUAGGAUUAACAAGGUGGAGGAGACCAAGGGCAAGGAGAAGCCUUCUGUGGAGUCUAAGGCUUCAGCUGAUGGUGGCAGUGGGGAGGGUAAUCACGGUGAUGGUUCAGAGGAUUCAACUCCGGUAUGUAAGAAUCUCUUCCAAUCUCAGUAG